UAUAACAAAGUGUAUAGAUACUUCAAGAAGAGAGGAUCACGCAGCAAGACAAUGACCGAAACGAUGAAGGCGCAUAAUAUCAAUGACCACUUGGGUCUGGAAAAGAAGGAUUCUCACCAGCUGGCCAAGGAUUCAUCAUCUUCCACCACUUCGUCAUCGUCCUCUUCGUCUUCAUCAACAUCGGGUGCCAACAACUCCACAUCGUCGUCGUCACAUAGUUCCAAGACCUACCCCUACGAAAUCCUCAGAAUCGUAGGCCAGGGCACCUUUGGCAAGGUGUACGAGGCCAAGAACAGUGACGGCAAGCGUGUUGCCAUCAAAAAGGUGGAGAAGUCCAGCCAUUUCAUCAGUAGAGAGUAUGACAUCCUAAAGGUUAUCAAUCAUCCCAACUGUCUAAAGAUAUUGGAUAUUUUUAUUACCAAUGAGGAUAACAAGAAGAUGCAAAACUUAGUGUUUGACUUCAUACCAUAUACACUGGCCAGUCUGCUAAAGAAGAAGACAUUGUCUUUGAACUUUAUCCGUGUACAGUUCUACCAACUGUGUCAGGCCAUCAAACAUAUACACUCCAAGAAUAUAUGUCACCGAGACAUUACGCCAAACAACAUCCUGCUGAACGCCAAGGGAGAGUUGGUACUGGCAGACUUUGGCAGUGCCAAGAUACUAGAGUUCAAUCACACCAGCAUGUCAUAUAUAUGCUCACGAUACUAUCGCGCACCUGAACUCUUGGUUGGUUGUCAGAACUACUCUACAAAGAUUGAUAUAUGGUCGAUUGGAUGUAUCCUUGCCGAGAUGUUGAAUGGUAAACCAUUGUUCCCAGGAACAAAUUCGGCAGAUCAACUCGCCAGGAUUAUCGAAGUACUUGGAACACCAACAUCAGAUGAUAUGGAGGCCAUGAGACCAAGCAAGAGUCACUCAAUGCAGGUGCCAUCUGUUCGAGCAAAGAUGUUCGAUGCGUUCAACUCUGUGGACUGCAGAGAGGUAGUUGAUCUACUAUCAAAGAUACUGGUGUUUGAUCCAACAAAGAGAGCAUCAAUUGAGGACAUUCUACUUCAUCCAUUCCUGCAGAAGGUGAACCUCCAGACACUUGAGCACUUUGAAGAGAUGAAGUGCUUCAAUACCAAGUCGAUGUCAACAUCACAGAAUAAUAUGUCGUCCUCGGGAUCAUCAUCGAUCACUACGGCAUCGACAUCCACCACGAGCAAAGAUCACACCUCUCUAUCGAGAAUGAACUCCAGCGUAAUCACCAGCAGCACCAAUCUUAUUAGUCUCAACACCAGCACCAGCUCAACAAACGUACACAAGGUGGCCACAGGUGGCUCCAACCACAUGGCCAGCUUGGGCAACAGCAACAACGGCGUCAUCAACACACAUCCACUUACGAUCAACACAACA